AUGGUAGUUACAAGGUAUAGGAGCUUGAGGAAUAAACCAGAUUCCUCACGGCGUGACUAUCACUUUUGGGAGAGUGAGGUGGAGCUGGUCAGGAAGAAGACUAUCGCACCAGAUGGUAGGCGAUUCCGCUACUUUGAUGACAGAGGAAUCUUCAACUUUGUCUUUCUGGUAUGGAUGGGAAAAUGGGCCAGAGAAACGUCAAGGAGGUAUAUGGACCCUUAUAUGCUCCAUCCACUCCCCCUGGCCGACCAGCUUCUCAUAUGGCAGCCUAUUCUUUCUAAACACAUUAGUGAUGGCAUUGCUAGUUUGGAGAUGCAUUCUACAUUCAUUAAUGACGACAAGAAACCAGCAGAAAUACUAAGACCAGUGAGAUAUGUUCUGGCGAGGGCAAUUUGGCUAACCUUUUGGAGGAGGAUUCUCUUCGUUCUCAUAGCCAUUGUUUUUAUGAAUGGUGUUGGUAUGAGUAUCGCCAUCUUCCUCCAUAAAUUGCUCGGCUUACUCUCCGGAAAGGACUUUAGGGUGGCUACUCUCAUUGGAUUUGCCGUAGGAAUAAUCUUCGCAGAACUUGUGAAGGAAAUGUGUAUGGAUCAUAUUGAAUAUUAUGUUAGCAGACUUUCAUUCGUGAUGGAUGGAUGCCUUCGUGUUACAAUUUUCCAACAUGGAGUCUGCUACAGGCGUAGCCAGUUCAGCAAUUUCAAGUCAAAGAAAUUGGGACAGUGCAACAGUAUUAUCCACGGAUGUUCUGGAGAACACUUGUGCACACAAAAUCCGCUAUUGUGCCCAGCUAGACGCUACAAGAACAAUGAGGUUACUCCAAAGAUGUACGCCUUGAUUCUCAAUGACCCAUACUACAUUCCACUCUUUGUUGAAUGUAUGACAGGUCUCAUCGAUUUCCUGACAGCGUUCACAUACGGUCUCAUCUUGAUGGGAACUCAGUUCAAUGUGAAGAUUCUUACCAUUUUGCUCAUCUCUCUCACUCUGGUGGUUGGUAUGAUUCUAGUUGAAAUUGCUGGUGGUUUCCUCAUGAGGUACUACUUGGGUAUUAGGGAUCACAGAAUUACGAAAUCGUUUGAGGUUGUCUCAAGUUUGCACUUGAUUAACAAAAUGUCCCUGGAUGAUAUGGGUCAUAAUGCUGUGACAGAGGCGAGAAACGAUGAAUUGCGCUUUGUGCUCAUCCGUUUCUUCUUGUCCCUAGUAAACAAGGUUGUUAUUACUUCAAUAAUGUGCAUCAACAUUAUUUUCCUCAUUAACGACUUUGUCGCUCAAGUUAAGAGGUGUCCAGAUAUCAAGAGCAUAAAUCCUUCUGGACUUCUAGCCUCUAUCUUUGUUUUGAUGAAGAUUCUUGGCCCUCUGUAUCUUGUACCUUUGAAGCUCAAGCUCCUUGUUUUCACCUUGACUUCCUUUAAAAGAGUAGAAGCCUUCCUCGAAACUUGUUCGCCAAACUUUUAUCUUCCUGAUAACAGGUAUUCUGGAGCAACGGCUGCUGCAGCAACUGCCGCGGCAAAGGCACAGAAUGUACCAAAGGAUAUGGUGGUUAUGUUCAAGAAGGCCUCCUUUUCCUGGAUUCACAGUAGAAGGGAUCUUCUCGAGGAAGGAAAUAUUGGCAUCCAUUUGGACAGACUUGACUUUGUCCUAAACACUGGUGAUCUUGCCAUUGUCACUGGUGCUCAGGGUUCUGGUAAGACCAACUUUGUCAAGGCUAUCCUUGGUGACAUGACUCUGGUAGAAGGAUCAAUGGCUGUGUUGCCUCUAUCUACCAAUAUGCCAAUAUUCUAUGCCUCUCAGGAUGUAUGGCUACAAAAGGGUACCAUCAAGUCUAACAUUACAUUUGGUCACAGGUUUGAUGAGGAUGUCUACAACACUGUCAUUAAGGCAGUUGAACUUGAACAUGACAUAUCUACUUGGGAAGAGGGUGACAUGCGUAAGAUCUCUGAACAUGGCUACUCUCUCAGUGGAGGUCAGAGAGUCAGAGUUGGACUUGCUCGUGCCAUCUACGCUUACCUCAUCUUCAGUAAGGCUAAUGGUGAAGACAAUAGCUCCCAAUGUUCCUUCCUUGUAGUAUUGGAUGACUCAUUUACUGGACUAGAUCCAUUUGUAGCCAAGACAAUCUUCAAGAACUUGUUUGAAAAGGGAAGAGGUCUACUCUCUGGUGGUGAUGUUGCCACAGUUCUAACGAUAUCCAAGCGUAUUUUGGAUGCCUGUGUAUCAUCCGAGUCUCCGGAUUCGUACCCAGAUGCUCCAGUAUACACAUUGAGGAAUGAGACUCUUAUCCAAGAAAAUAGACUCAAGUCUUUGAUAGAAAACGAAGUUGGCCGUCUUGAUAUCGCUCCACUAUCUGAUGAUAGAAUGGGCCUUCACGCUAUGCCUAGCAAGUUGCGUAGGAUGUGCAGCUCUGAUGAAUACACAAGAUUUGGACGCAGAAGCUCUGUAGAAACAAAGUACUCUGAAUCGCCAACGGUACAGAAUCUAUACAAUAGGAUCAACUUCAAGCGUGGUAGGAAUGAUAAUUUCAGAGCUGUUAAUGUUUACAUCCGUGCGGCGGGUUGGCCUAUAUUCUUCUUUUUCUUCUUUACCCUAGCAUUUUCAACUUUGGAUAACACCAAGUUUAUUAUUGCUUCAAAGGUUUCGGAUUCCGUUGUUGAUUACACUAAAAAACACGGUGCUGUGGAUACAACAUCGUUUUCGGAUAUCAAAAACUAUUCUGUUAAGGCUCUCAGACGGAUCGUGAUUAUCUCGGUAUCUGUUAUGGUUGGAGCUAUCUUGCGUAUACUUUCAAUGACAAAGGCUUCUGUUAAUGUUUCACGCAGGGUUCAUGAGUAUUGUAUCAAUUCGGUCUUUGUGAACAGUUCUACGGUUCUAAAGAUCAAGAAGUCGUUGGGCAGUGUCAUUACUUUCCUAUAUAUGGACACAUUCUUCAUUGACAACCUACUGAGUUACUUCAUUCACGAUGCCUGCCUAUUGCUGAUUGAAUCAAGUGUUCAUCUCCUCACGUUGUUCUUCAUGAUGCCAUGGUCUAGUCCACUUGCCCUCGUACUUUGCUUUAUCAUUUUCCGGUACAUUGUAUGUUACUACGUAAAGUCGUGCAAGAAUGUUUACUUUGCACGUUUAGAGACUUGCAACCAAAUCGAUUCUACAAUUGAGUCGGCCAUAUCUGGUGCACAAAUUUACCGUAGUUUCAAAAAGGAAUGGGAAUUGAUACACGCAAUGACUGAACAUGCUGAUUACAACAUUAGAUGCAGCUACGUUAGCAAAUCUGCUAUGACUUGGAGUUCUAUUGCCUCUAGAUGUUUGCUCUCGCCAUUGGCUCUUUUCAUUCUCCUCUUUCCUCUUAUUAGAUCAAGAUAUUUUGGCACAAAGGUCAAUGUAGGAUACUAUGGUAUGGCAUUUUCCAUUGUUUUAAGUCUAAACAGCACGUUCACAAUUUUCCUCAAGCUCUAUUGCUUCCUUGAAUUGUAUAUGGGAUCUAUUAGAAGAUUUGAGCACUUCGUUCCUCCAAAUACUCCAGUCAAGUUUGAUAAGAAAAGGGACAUUCACCAAACGGAUCUUAUCGUCGACCGUUCAGGAUAUGAGAUUACUGAUAACACUUCUGAUGAUGUAAAGGGUAAGCUUCGCAAGAGGCGACGUAAGGAGUACGCCUCUAGGAGAGCUGCUAGAUGUACUGGUCUCAGAAUGUUAUUCUUUAAGCACAAGAUCAAUAUAUUUGAUGUAUCUGAUCAUAUGUCCCAUGAAGAAGUCAGGGUAAAGUUGGAUAAUGUAAGUGUCUACAUUGUCUCUAGGAUUUCGAAGGAGAAGCAUGCUAUUCUCAAGAAUGUUACCUGCUCGGCUAAUACAUCUGAUAUUAUCGGUAUUAUCGGAAGAACGGGUGCAGGAAAGUCCACCAUGCUUUCCGUACUCCAGAACUUGGCCCGAAACAGGGAAGGUUCUGUCCUCUUGGAUGGCUGUGACUUGAAUGAUCUGCCAAAGAGCGUCACUAGGCAAGUUAUUGGAGUACUACCUCAACUACCAUUUGUCUUUAGAGGUUGGACUGUACGUAGAUUCAUUGAUCCAAGAAUGUUAUUUGAGGACGUUGACAUUGAAAUGGCUCUGGAAAAUUGUGGCUUACUCAAGUUUGUCGAGGGUAUUGAAGGCGGUAAGGGUCUUGACACGGUCAUUUUACCGGAUCAUUACCACAAGGAUAUGCCAAGGUACUACAAGAGGGUAUACUACGGCCCAGAAUUGAAGCCACAGGAUACUUCUUCCGCAGACAAUGUAAAUAUAGACUAUGGAGCUGUACUCUCAAACUCACAGCUACGCACACUUUCAGUAGCAAGACUAGUGCUCUACAGGGAAUUCUUCAAGGUUCUCCUGAUUGAUGAACCUCCAGAAGAUGAACAUGAGACCUCCUACACUACGGUUGGAAUUCCAAUAUAUGAGCUCAUAAAGACCCACUUUCAACAUUGUACAACAUUUAUUGCAGCUCACGAUGCAAGUGUUUUGCGUCUAUGUACGUCAGUUUGGGUAUUCCACAGCGGUUCUCUCAUCAAGACCUGCAAGACUGAAGAAGUUGUCGACAGCGGCUCCCUGUCAAAGAUCAUAGAAGACUGCAUUGUCCAGUACGCGCAACCGGAGUCGUAG